AAUACAAAAAUCUAUUGUGAAUACAUACAAAAAUGGGGAAUAUGGAGAGAAUGAAUAAUGAAAUACAAUAAAAAUAAUAUUCCUUAAAAAUAUUUCUAAAGGUUAUUUUCAUACAAAUAUUAUCUAGCUGGAAGAUGUAUUUCCUGCCCAUUUCAGCCGAUACAUCUUCUUUAACAGGAAGAGAAGCAUGCCAAACUUAGGCGAUAUGAUCACCAACUGCACUGGCCGAGGACAGAUAAAUGGAAAGAGGCCCAUUCGGGUAUGCUCGGUGACUUUAUCUGUAAUAUAUCCCAACUUGAAGUUAUAUGUAUAUCAUACUUCUUCAGCAUUUUUUCCUUCUAAAUAUCCUGCGGCUUAUGGACAGAAUGCUUAUAUGCUUUUCCCAAGGAAAAUGGAAAUUGUCAAUCCAAACAACUGUUGUCUUGAAUUAAGAUCAAAACUCCAAAAACUUUAUGCGGUAAAGGCGUUUUGGGAAAGAAUGCAUCGAAUUGCAAGGUUUCUUGACAGCUAUUGAUAAAUAAAAUGAAAUUUUCUUUUCUUUUUUUAUGUAAAAGGAAAGUUCAAUAGCAGGGUAGAUAGUUUGUAAUACUAGCCUCCAAGCAGAAAGAGUAGCAAUCUUCUUCUAGCAAUUCUAGCUAAUAUUUCAAAUUUUGUUCAUUGACUAAUGUUGGUAUGCUGUUUAUAAAUAUUUUUAUAGAAUUUAAAUAUCUUUUAUGCUUAUUGAACUAUAAUUUCCUUAUAUAAUUAAUUAUAGAAAUUAAUUUUUUUCCAUGAGAAAUAUUGAUUUUAAUUAAUUGAAUGUGUUUUUAAUAGAAAGUAUUUCUUUCUGCAAUUUGUUUUGCUUCAAAUUUCAUCAAAAUCGGCCAACUGGUUGUGGAGAUAUUGAUUUGGUAAAAAAAAUGUACUAUGAUUAGUACACUUGAUAUAAUGAAAAAACAAUGAUAGAUCAGAAAUUAUAAAAUAUUAGAAGUUGUUGUAAAGUUUUGAAAUUGGUAUGUAAAAGUUUAUGGCACCAACAGUUAAGAUUAAUAUUAUUAAUCUGAGGAAUUUGCUCUUAAGAUUCCAUUUAAUCAAUUAUAGAAUUCUUCCUUAUCAUUGUUAGUUCUAAUUGCAUUUUGAUACACUGACCACUGCUUUGGUGACCAAAUAUUAUCUAUAAUCCAAAUUCAAAACCAACAAUUGUAUUUGAAGAUAAUAAGAUGGUAACAAAAUCCUGUGUAAAAUAAAAACUGGAGAUUGUCAGUGAGGAUAUUGAUAUGGUAAAUGUGCAGUUAGAUAUAAUGAUAUAUCAAUACUUAGACUUUAGGUAUAAGGGUACAUUAGAAAGACUUCUAUUUCAUAGGAAUUACAAUGGUCCAACUAUAGAAAUACUUGUGUUUCGUACCAAUUAUAAUGGUGGAAUUUUAGAAAGACUUUUAUUUUGUAGAGUUAGCUUAUAUAGCUUACCACUAUAGAAUUAACAAAGGAACAAGCAAUAUAGAAAAAAUGCAUGUUAAAUUUGUUGCAUCUUAUUCAAAAACAGAUUCGGAAGAUUCAUUUCUAUGGGAUAUUGUUUAAAACGUCCACAUUUUUAUAGUUUUACCCUAACCCUAACCCAGCCCUGGAUCCUGUUUUAAGCACAUCAUUGUUCCUAACCCUAAGUUUGGACCCACCUCAUUACAAAUCAAUAGUUUAAAUAUUUUUCCUAUGGUACAUGCAUACUUUAUACACUUUUAAAAAGGCAAUAAACCCAUUAAACAAUGAGGAAAUAUUGGCAACCAUACCAAAUGAUCAAAAAUUAAAUAGGUCAUAAUAAUCUAAUAAAGAUUUGCAGAAAAGAACUGAGCUAUAUGCAUAUAUAAUAAAAUGUAUAUAUUAACAAUAAAUCAAUAUUUCUUAUAAGCCAAUAAUAUUCAAGCAGCUUACAAAAGUUUCAAUUGCAUGAUUAAAGAAGCUAUAAAUAAAUAACUGUUUUUCAUUUGUUUUUCUUUUCUUGAGAUAAUCAAAUAGACCUUUUCUAAAAAAUGGAGCCAUUACUCAAUAGACAUAUAUUAAACAAUUGUAGAUGGCAUAAUGACAAGAUUUGGUAACUUUGAGCAGACAAGAGCAUCAACUACAUACCAGUGUUUGUUUGUAGUUAGAUAGUCUUUGCAUUCAUUGUAGUGGCAUUUCUUUCUCCCAAAAUUGUCAAUAACUGGUUCAGUUACUUGACAGCAAACAAACAAAUCCUUAAAUAGUCUUAACCAGAGGAAUAUUUUAUCAUGUUUUACAUGAUUUACAACGGAAGACAGCCUUAUUCCUUUGGAUUCUCUCUCUCUCUCUCUCUCUCUCUUAAAUAUCAAUGAAAUUAAGUUUUUUCACCUAAAAAGAUGAAACAUUUGUGGACAUUAAGAGAUAUUCUACCAGUUUAUAUGUUAAUUGUCUCUAUGAAAGGUGAUGGUGUUUAUAAAAAUUGUGAAGAAGCAUUACUGAGAAACAAUUAUGUUAAAUCAAUCUACAAAAUUCAGUGUAUGCCCAAUGGAGCAAUUGCAAGCAUUUUAUGCUCACUGAAUACAAAUAAUGAAUAUAUAACACAAAUUGAUAAUGAUGUUGAGCAGUAUAAAAUGCUUAAAUCUGAAACUCAUCUAAUUCUUAGUAUAAGAUAUGGAAAUUUACCUACUGAAGAAUUGAAAACACUCUUAAAAUAUUCUGGAAUUUGUUCACAAAAAAUGCAUUUUAUAGGAGAAAACACGCAUCAGAACCACUUGUCUUUUAAAUUUAUAGAUAAUACAGAGUUUAAAUUAAAUGAAUUUCAAGAUGGCAUUUGUAGAUGUUUAAUCACAACAACUUGUAUUGAAAACAAUGAUUCUAAUGCAACUUGUCACCAUACUGGACCAAAUGAUUAUAGUCAGAAUUUCAACAUUUCCGGUAAAAUUGCUGUUUUACCAAAAAGAUUACCUUUAGUUCGCACUAGAUAUGGUGAUAUUGAUGGUGAUAAUGAAUUUGCAAAACAUUAUAUAGGCCCAUUGGUGUGUGCUACUCCACCUACUAUUGAAUUUUUAUCAUGGAAUGGAUGCUCUAAGAACACUCUUCUUUUAUUAGAUGAUGAUGAACACUCUUGCAUACAAUUUCAAUCUCCUUCCAUUUUAAUUCGUAUUCAAUAUAGAGAUAUUCUGAAAAUGUAUAGUACAUUUAAUGAUACUCUUAAAGCUGUUGUUUACGAAAAGAGAGGGCUAACUCAAAUGACAGUGUGUAAAGAAAUACAGAAAUUACAAUUCCAAUGUAGUAACACAGCAAGAGAAGUUGUUGCAUUUUUAUGGAAUGAAAUGCAAAAUGGAUUUGAACUCUGUGAAAUUAAAAUGUAAAGUACUAUUCACCUAUAAAUAUAUUAAACUUUUUUUUGUUGUUUGAUAUUUGGCAGAGUGCCAAGAUAAUCAAACAGUCCAAUAAACUCUCUAUAAAUGGUCAACGCAUUGAUUGUUCAUCCAAUAAUUAGAUCAAACAGGCUGACUUUUGUUUUAUAAUUAAAUAUUCAGGUAGUUGUGCCAAACAUUGAAAGAAACUUGCCUACUAUUCUUUAGUGAAACUAGUUAUUAGUCAAAGAGUAAAAUGGGAAUUGUCAGAAAAAAUGAACAUUUAAAGAGAACUUUAGGGGAUAAAACGGAUGAUGAAAUCAAUUGCAGUAGUUUGAAACCACAUUCAACAUUCCGUUGCCAGAAUGAAAUUGUUUUUCUACCUUUAUAUAAAGUUUAUGAUAAAAUCUUAUAUCAUUCAGAGCGAUAAUUAAGUAUUUAACUAUCAAAUCAUAAAUUAUUUAUGUAUUAGAGCUUUUCUAAACUCCUUUUUAUGGACCUUAUGUUAUCAUCAGAUAGUGAUUUUGAAAACAAUCAAUCUGAUAUAAAGUGUGAUAACACCACCUUGUGAGGUUUUAGUAUAUUUAAUUUGUAAAUAAAUAUGUAUACAGAUGUACUGUGUUAGCAAUCUGUCUAAAUUUUAAUUUUCUGUCAAGCUCACGAGCAGACUCGGCUGUGCUUUUAUAGCUAACAGUCAAGCAUUGCUCAACGUGGUUAGGGUUACUGUGCACUUAGAUAUAAUGAUAUAUCAUUA